AUGUUUCCAUCUACCUAUCUCAAACCUGUUCCAAUCGGUGGAAAGGAAGCAGAUAAUGAUCAAUCAUCAAUCGUUAGUCACACGAACCAUCUCGGAUUGCGUCUACAUUUGUCAACAAACAAUAAAAUCUUAUUGAAUGAUGAUGCGGAUAUAAUAGCUGAACAUUUCGGUUUAUUUAAUGCUAAUGAUUCGACUAAAGAGCAAGAAAGAAAUCUCAUUCUCUGCGGUCAUGAUGGGUUUCGUAAUUUUUCUCGAACCACUGGUUCAAGUCUCAUUAAUAUAGAUAAUAGACGUUUAUCAAUCGCCAUUGCUACUACCGGAAAUAAAUUAGUAAAAAAUUUAAAGAACUGGAUGAAUUUCUCAGCUUUUGAUGGGUCACACAAUCGAUUUAUUUACAUGUCUAUACCUCGAAUAGUUUUUUCUCGACCUCAACACUUUGUAUUCAGUACAAAUGCAAAACGCAAUCCUUCUUUGGCUCAUUUGGGUGUUAUUGUUCAUCUUUUUGGAUCUGUGAGAUUUGUCUUUCAAAUGUCAGAGACGGAAAGGAUCAAGUUUUGUGGAGCUACAUUUGAUUCAAUGAAUACUGAUGAACAAUCUCAAACACAAGAAAACCGGUCCGCCAUGUAUACACUCUGGAACUUGGCUAUUGAUUUACGUGAAAUGAUUGAUCAAAACGAAGAUGAACAACGUCAGAUAAAAGAUUUUUAUGAAAAAGCAGGAGUAACACUUCCUCGACUAGCGUGUCUUAUUCAAAUUUAUUUUAAUGCAAUUAAUAUAUUGAAAAAAGUUCGUGAUUCGAUCUUGUUUUGCGAAGGAGAUAAUAGUGACUUGAUCAUCAACGAUGAUUUCGUACGUUCCGUGACCACUUUGAUACGAAAAGAGUAUUAUAUGUUUGACAAAUCGUAUGUACCUGCUGUUGAAAGUGAAUCAGUAUUGCUUGAACCAAUGAUUCUCGUUGAAAAGAAUGCUGUCCUAGCGGCUUGGAAAUGGUAUGAACAGUAUUUGACUAUUGCCAGUACAUUAUUUACAAUCGAUCCCGAUUUUUCGUCAACAAAUUUGAAAACAAGUCCGCCAAAUCCUCAUCGAAAGAAUUUGAAAGAAAUGAUCAUGCUUUUUGAUUUUAAUAUUUUCCCAGUAUCAUCUAUAUCUGACAAACAUCCCAUCACUGGACAUACUGGGUUCUUGAAAAAUAGACCUGGACUUGGGGAACGUGCGUUGCAGGAGCUUCUCGACGAUAAUUUAAUCAAAUAUAAUAAUUUUCUAAUUGAUGCUCGUGGAAGAAGCGUUAAAGCUUACUUGAAGUUACCAGUGCCAAAUGACUGUGGUCCAGUGAAAGAAACUUUUCUCAGGAAACUUAUUAAACAUAAUAUAAACAUUGAAGAUUAUUGUUCAAUUUAUGAAAAAUCAUGUAUUCCACCAAAUAAUAAGCUGUCCUUGCUGACAAAGCAAAUAUUUGAAAAUAAUGCAUCGUUUGUGAAUCAAUACUCCAAGUAUAGAAAUCAACUUCAAGACAUAAUACAAAAACAUGUUGAUUGUCAAAAUAUUCAAGAAACUGAUGAAGGACUUUUCACUGUUCUAAACCAAAGCGCUUUUACUAGCAAUUGGAAUAAUAUUAUUAAUAUAACUCAAGAAUCAUGUGCAAAUAAAAGAAAAACAAAUAACUUACUACAAAAACCACAACCAAUCACCACUGUGGCUGAAAACGCAUCGACUUCAACAGAAAAAGAAUCUAGUAUAUCAGAACUCAAUUUACAGGAAGCAUCCGUUGUUCCAAAGCCAUUUCAUACUACGACAAAUGAAAAUCUUCCUGAAGUUCAAGAAAAAUCAGUGGUUGGUUCCAUUUCACCUUCUGAAAUAUUUGAUGAUCAAUCCGAUGUGGAGGAAAAUGGAAAAGAAAAUGUAGAAAAUUCGACUUCCAAUGAUGUGUCUGAUAAAAAAGAACUAGCGAUCAAAAAGGCAAUGACUAACAUCAUGAUGAGUAAAUCAGUGAUUUUUUCAAAAACCGAUCUUAGUCAAAUUUGUAACAAAUCCGACAUACGAUCGGACGCUCUUCAACGACUGAUCUCAGCAAAACUUCUUCGUCAUGGAAAUAAUUAUUGGAUUGAGCCGAAUCGUGUGAAAACCAGUUCAAAAAAGAUUGUAAACCGCUUGUUACGAGAAGGAUGGAUAAAACUUGGUCCACAAUCACAAUUAACUUCGUUGAAGUUUGAAUUCAUUCAAAUAUUGCAGAAGGAAGUUGGUAUCUCAUACGACGAAUAUCUAAAACAGUUUUUCCCUAGUCAAGAAAAAAAUGUUUUUACUCACAACAAUUGGUUAUUAUCAGAUGAGCUGAUUCAAUUAUUUCAGGAAACUUCUUUUUACAAGGAGCAUGUGAGAUGGGAUGUAUCACGUUUUCGACCAAAUGAUGAAUCAAGACAAAUAGAAAAACAUGGUGAAACGUUAACAGGUGAUGUAGUAUCGUCAAGCAACAAUAUACAGGUGAGAAUGGUCUAUCAAUCACAAGAACAUGUGGAACCAGCAGCUGAAGUUUAUGAUGCACAAGGUGAAACAGCACAUGGUUGGUCAUCAUCGACUCGCUCAAAACGAAAAACUCCAUUACAUGAUAAUAAUGGUGAAAAUCAGAAUCAAAAACGAAUACAACCAACUAGAGCGAAGAAAAAUUAA